CAAGAAUGACAGGAUCAGGUGAUGAUGAUGAAACUGACUUACUUGUCUUGCAUAGGCACCCAAAAUAUGCUGAUGAAUGCAUGGAAAUCCUCAAUGCACAAUGGCCUCGGAGUAAAGGAUUAAGGUUAAGAAGCUUAAAUUCUUCAUGUGAUCAGUUUCCAACUUCUCUUGCCUUAGUAAGAAAUAGUGUUGAUUCUAAAAAGGAAGAAGUGGUAGGACAUGCUAGAGUUAAUGUCCUGCCUAGAGAAGAAAAUGCUGCCUGGAUAGAAUCUGUAGUCAUCAGAAAUGAUUUGCGUGGGAAAGGUUAUGGUCGCAUCUUGAUGACAAAAACCGAAGAAUUUUCUAGAGCAUGUGGAUUCACCAUGGCAUAUCUUUCAACGCAUGAUCAGCAAAACUUUUAUGCUAAACUUGGAUAUGACUUUUGUCCUCCAGUUUGUAUAUAUGGAGGUUCUGUAAAUAGAAACAUCAUCCCAAAGCAGCUUCUGCUUUCCCAAAUGCCUCAUCAAAUGCCAUCAGUAUUAAAAGCCAGUGAACUGUGUAGGAUGUUAUCUACUCAGUGCACUAUAACUGAAAAGGAUAAGGUAACUACUCCAAAUAAUAAUCUACCUCUAGGUCAAAGUAACUAUGCAGUUAAGGAAAAUCAGCCAUCAACUCAAGUGCCAAAUUCCUGUUUCUUCCUCUCCCUAAUAUUUCUGCUGCCAGUUUAUCAUGUACUGCUCCUGGACCACCACCGCCACCACCACCUCCACCACCACCAUCGUCAUUAAAAAAUAUCAAAAAGAUGAUAUUCAUAAACUGGAUACAGCCACUGCAUCAAAAAUGUAUAUGAGAAAAAGUUUAAUAAAAUAAUUUUGCAAGUACUGCACAAUACUGUAGUUUCUAGAAGAAUAACAUACCAUACAUUAGUCUUCAAGCAUACAUAACAAGUAAGUUUAUAUUUAUUCG